AUGGGCCCAGAUUACAGUAUCAGUGGAGAUGUCCCCAACAUCGCAUGUGGGUCUUCAGUGGUGCUGUCUGUGAGUGUUUCUUCAUCUCUACACGAGGGGUUUGCUUUGGGCUUGAAGUUGGCAGAUUACAGUGAUGGAGAAGUGCAGUCAUUCCCUGAGUACUCUUCCUUCUCGGGGAGUUUUGGCUACGAAAACAGAUCAAACUCUUACAGCUUCAACGGGCCCGACAACAAGGACCAGUUCUCGGCGGCCGGCGACCCCGAGAUGAAGAGGAAGAGGAGGGUUGCUUCCUAUAAGGCUUAUGCAGUGGAAGGUAAGAUCAAGUCUUCUGUGAAGAGCAGUUUGAGGUGGAUCAAGGGCAAGUACUCGGAGAUCAGAUACGGAUUUUGAGUUUCUUCUUUCUUUUCUUUCCUUUUUUUCUUUUCUGGGUCCUAUCUUAGCUACAAGGGUUGCCAAAGCUAGAGGUCCUUCUUUCUUAUAUGGCUUGCCAAGAAAGCUGUUAAUCCAAUAUGUAUUCAGUACAGACAUUAACAUCUAUGUAAAUACUCUCUCUCUCU